AUGAUCGCAACAGUCCUCUCGGGCGCCGCCUUCGGGGCUGCCCUCGUCGCCUCGGGCAUGUACUCGCCCUACCUGAUCGCCUCGCAGUUCACCAUGCAGAGGUGGAACAUGCUGCAAACCUUCCUCACCGCCACCGGUUGCACUGCCCUCGCCGUGCACCUCCUCUCCGGACUGGGCAGCCGGGUCCCCCCACCGCGGUCCUACUCGCCCGCAGGUCUCCUGGGCUUCCCACUCGAUGGCAACCUCAUAGGCGGUGCCCUGCUCGGCGCCGGAAUGUCCUACGCGUCCUCGUGCCCCGGCAUGGUCUUCCUCCAGGUCGCAAUGGGCGUGCCCUCCGCACCCCUCACCCUCGCCGGCGCCGUGGCCGGCGGCAUAUUCUGGUCGGCGGUGCUCAAGGGCUGGAUAGCCGCCCGGCUGCGGAAGCAGGCCGCCAGGGGACACGGCACCCGAGGCAUGGCCUCCUCCCCCAAGACGCUGGCCCAGCUGCUCGGCACGCCGCCCUUCGAGACCUUUGUGUGCUACGAGAUCGUGCUGGGCAUCAUCGUGGUCACGGUGGCUGGCAGGGCGGUGUCGGAGCCGUCAGCCCUGCAGCCCAUCGCCGGUGGCUUGGUCAUCGGGGGCGCACAGCUGAUCUCCCUGCUGACGAGGGGCUCCCUGGUCGGCGUCUCGACCUGCUACGAGCACAUUGGCGAUUGGGUCCUGUACCUGCUCGACGGCGCCAGAGGUCCCCGCCCCCCCACGGCCACCCUGCUCUUCUCCGCGUCCAUGAUGGCCGGUGCCCGCCUGCUGGCCUACCGGAUGCCUGAGCUCGCCCUGGCGCCCGGCAUCCUGGCGCCCGCUGUGGCCUCGGGGAAGGCCUUCUGGGGUGGGUUCCUCAUGGCUGUGGGUUCUAGGCUGGGCGGCGGGUGCUCAUCAGGACAUGGCAUCAGUGGCAUGGGUCUGAUGUCUGUGGCCAGCUUCGUAUCUAUGUUUGCUGCUUUUGCUGCUGCUUUCGCAGUGUCGAGGCUGUGA